CAGCAUCUGCCCGGUGCUGUUAGCGGUUAGCUGCCUGUGAGCCACCAUGCCGACUGUCGGUGUAAAACGGGACCUGCUGUUUCAGGCUCUGGGAAGAACUUACACUGAUGAAGAAUUUGACGAGCUCUGCUUCGAGUUUGGCCUCGAGCUGGACGAGAUUACAACAGAGAAGGACAUCAUCAGUCGAGAGCAGGGUGAUCAGAAGGCUGAAGGAGCAUCUGAUGUGAUUCUGUACAAGAUUGAUGUUCCAGCUAACCGAUAUGACCUGCUGUGUCUGGAGGGGCUGGUCAGAGGGCUGCAGGUCUUCAAACAAAAGAUCGAUGCCCCUCGUUAUAAGCGCGUGAGUCCGGUGAACGCUGAUCCACAGAGGCUGAUCAUCACUGAGGAGACGGCGAGCGUCAGGCCGCACGCGGUGGCUGCUGUGUUACGCAACAUCACCUUCACGCAGGAGCGCUACGACAGCUUCAUCGAGCUGCAGGAGAAACUGCACCAGAACGUCUGCAGGAAAAGGACGCUGGUCGCCAUAGGAACGCACGAUCUGGACACCAUCUCUGGCCCGUUCACAUACACGGCUAAAGCGCCGGACGAGAUCCGCUUCAAACCACUGAACCAGAACCAGGAGUACACGGCCACACAGCUCAUGAGCCUCUAUAGGACGGACAGUCACCUACGUCAUUACCUUCACAUCAUCGAGGACGAACCGCUCUACCCAGUCAUCUACGACAGCAACGGUGUCGUCCUGUCCAUGCCACCCAUCAUCAACGGUGAUCACAGCAAGAUCUCCGUCAACACGAGGAACGUUUUCAUCGAAUGCACCGCCACAGACAUCACUAAGGCGAAGAUCGUACUGGACAUGAUAGUGACCAUGUUUAGUGAAUACUGUGAUGAACCUUUCACGGUGGAGGAGGCGGAGGUGGUGUACCCUGACGGCAGGAUGCUCUCCUAUCCAGAGCUGGAGUACCGGACCGAAACCAUUUCAACAGACUUCAUCAACCGCAGAGUGGGUAUCAGCGAGACGGCCGAGAGCGUCGCCCGCCUCCUGACCCGGAUGUGUCUGAAGUCGGAGGUCAGCGGCGAGUCCGAUCAGAUCAACGUGGAGAUCCCGCCCACUCGCUCUGAUGUCAUCCACGCCUGUGACAUCAUGGAGGACGCCGCCAUGGCGUACGGCUUUAACAACAUCGUCAGGACGACGCCUCGCACGUACACGGUCGCCAAUCAGCUCCCACUGAACAAGCUGACUGAGCUGCUGAGGGUGGAUCUGGCAGCAUCUGGAUUUACUGAAGCUCUCACCUUCGCCCUGUGCUCCAGAGAGGACGUGGCUGAUAAACUGGGUAAGAAGAUCGAGGAGACCAGAGCCGCUCACAUCUCCAACCCCAAAACCACCGAAUUCCAGGUGGCCAGGACCACACUGCUGCCCGGGCUCCUGAAGACUCUGGCUGCUAACAGGAAGAUGGCGCUGCCACUCAAACUGUUUGAGAUCUCAGAUGUUGUGCUGAAGGAUGAAAACAAAGACGUGAGAGCUCGUAAUAACCGGCGUCUGUGUGCGGUUUACUAUAACAAGUCUCCGGGCUUCGAGGUGAUUCACGGCCUCCUGGACCGACUCAUGCAGCUUCUGGAGGUCAAACCGGGUCGUCCCCAUGGUUACCACAUCCAGGCAGCAGAAGACUCCACUUUCUUCCCGGGUCGCUGUGCUGAGAUCUUCUUCGGAGGGAAAAGCAUCGGACGCCUCGGGGUCCUUCACCCUGACGUCAUCACCGCCUUCGAGCUCACGCUGCCGUGCUCCGCCCUCGACAUCGACAUCGAACCCUUCCUGUAGCGCCACACCCCGAAUCAUGCCGGUAUAUGUAAUGGAAUUAGAGAUGUACAUCUACAGACGCUACACACGGUAGCUGUCGGUGUAGAUUAAAUAUCAGUGAUGUGUAAACAUGGACACACAGGAAGCUGUAAAACACACCUCCAUAAUAAAAAUCACCACGUCGUCA